AUGGCGUCUCCAACAAGUAAUGAAUCCUCCUCGUGGCAGCACGCCGCGUCCGCCUCUCGAGUCGUGAAUGGCAGUCUCUCCCCGUCUCACCAGUACUUGGCCUCGCUCUGGCCCGACUCGGACGCGGACGACCGUGAAGCCCUCUUGCACCCUUCGUCGAUCUCGUCCGCACCGUCUUCACCCACCCGCCUCAAGACUCAUCGUAAAACUCCGUCUGACUCCACGCAUACACGCAGUGGCUCGCUCGGCCUCCCUCGAGUCGCACCCGCAUCGCCCCAGGAAGAUCGCUUCCCCAGCCACCAGCGCGAAUCGGCAUCGUCGAGCAAGGCGGUUGCGCCGGUCUGGCACGCUGUGUUGACGUGGGCGAAGUCGAAGCGGCACUGGAGCCCCCAUCGGCCCAAACUAUGGUUCUUGUGCCUGUCGUUGGUCUUCUUCGCCGCUUUCGUAGUCGUCAACAUGAAGGCAGACUCGCGUGAGUAUAACUUGCACUGCUGCCGCCGGAAAGACCGUAGCGCGGCGUCGCCGAUGAUAUCCGGCGCGUCGAUCUGAGUUUCUUGGCCUGAACUCGAGUCUACCAUUCUCUUAGUAUGCUGAAGAGAAAUGAAGGGUGAACAUAAGCUGAUUGCAUGUUGAUCCCCCCCUUUGUAUCCAACAGUGCAGCGGUAUGCCCCCCUUCCGGAGCGUAUCGAGAUUACCCUGAAGCCGGCCGAUUCAAUAGUACCGCCUCCGUGAGCGAACCCGUGCAAAUCUAAACGGUGCUCUUCUUCCUCACCUCCUCUCUUGUUUUUGCCAUACGGUACAGAGAUUCAAACGAGCGCUUCCUGGGAUAUUUGCCACAUUCUGGAUUCCACAAUCAACGCAGUGCGCUUCAGAAUGCCUUGCUGCUGGCAAGAGCGUUGAAUCGGACGCUGUUGGUGCCACCUAUCGUAAGUAGCACAGAUCCAUCUGAGUUUUGGGCAACCCUGCUCAUCUUUUCUCCUGGUCGUGGUUGCCAAGUGGGUUGGAUGGCCUAUACCAACGCGUCAUUACGAAGAGCUGGUGAGUACCCAAGUUUUGACCGCUCGUUCACCGCGCUCAGCUAUGGCGCUCAGCUACGCCGGUCGCACAAGCUAAGAUGACCUCUUUCCUUUUAUGGCUCUCGACAGGCGAAGAUAUGGACAGACGUCAUGCUUGUAAACUCGGAAACAUUCGGCAUCGACUCGCUGGUCCCCGGUUCGGAACUGAACGAGCCAGGUGGCUACCCUUCCACUCUCGAAGACUUUCCUUUCCCGACCUCAAAAGCCGAUGAUCCUGAGCUGGUGGAGAAGGCGGCAGGGCGCCAAAAGGCCAUGGCAGAGAUGUGGGAGAGAAAGGGCUACCAGGUUCGAGCAGAUGGCUACCCGAUAACCAAUCUCACCAGCAAGGAAUGCAAGAGCUGUGAGUCUAGAAAGGCACGAUGAAGACCACCAUUUUACUGAUUGCUGCACCUCCCAUAGUCUCAGCAGAAUGUCGGCAUACCUACAAGGACACUUUUCUCGCUUGGAGCUCGCUGGUGGAUCUGACUGUGCUUCAAAAGGAGGUCAAAAUGCGAGAUCGGUGGGACAUGCGAGAGCGAGCCAUCGAAUCGAUGCUCAGUGUCACUAAAGACGAUAUCGUCAGUUUCCGCUGUCGCUGGUCAAACCCUGUCGUCUGGGCACAAUCUCUCUCAGUUUGCUAACCCAGCAAUUCUAUGACCUCCCUAGUACGUGCUCAAGGAUCGUCAAAACUACGAUUUUCAGUUCGUGGAGAAGGAGAACGAGGACGGUGCCCUCAUUCAUUUCACCGACGACCCCUCGACGCACUGGGCGCGCGUCGUCUCGAUCCCGGUCCUGCGCCGAAUGUCGCAACGCGUGCUCCUCGUCGGAUCCCUGUUCGGUCACGAUCGACUCCUUUCUGAAGACAGACAACAUGAUAUCGAAGAGAUGGAGCGGUAUGCGCGCUUACUGGCGUUCCGCACGCCCGAAAUCCUCAUUCCUGCCGACGACAUUUGCCGGCGGCUUGGCGGAGCGGGCACAUUCCUCGGCGUUCAUGCCCGAGUCGGCGACGGUACCUUUGCCAAGUACAGUAAGCGCAACAUGAAGUCCACGUGGGAAAAUCUUUUGGAAGGACUCGGCGUGGAGAAAGACGACGUCGACUCGCUGUGGCAGUCGCGGGGAUUUGAAGGAGCACCUGCAAAGCCGAUGCCCGCGCCGGUGGCCCAGCGAGGCGACAACCAAGCGGUUCAGUCAAGCUCGUCGCAACGGAAACACAGUGCCAGACGGCCGAAAAAGAGCAUUCCAGUUACGCCAAAGCAAGAUGACCAACCGCGCUUUAGACCCCGCGCGUUCCGUCUCGUCGAUCGCGAUGGCUCUGACAAGGCCGCGCUCGCAACCAAGCUCGAUCAUCUCACCUGUCGUUCACCACUACACGCCGCGCCGGAGCUCCUCAAAUUCAACAUCCCACUCUACCUUGCCACGGACUCACGUUCUCCCUUGGACGAUAUCAGUCUCUCGCCUUUCUUUCGCUUGUUCCCGUGCACGUUUAUCCUUUCCGAUUUCGAGGAACCUAACGAGCUGAAUAUGGGAAUGGCAGUGAGAAGUUUGGAUCGAUUCAAGCGCCUGAUUAAUGCGGCGGAUGGGCUACCUCUUAGGAGGUUCUUCACCCCCUUCCUCGAAGCCGUCGUCGCAGCCAAAGCAGGGGUUGUCAGGGGCACCCGUGGAAGCACUUUUUCAGGCAAGUGA